UAUCUUGCCACUCUCAGCAUACUUGCUUUUGAUUCGUGUACUUUUUCGCCGAACAAAAUCCCCUCGUGCAUCCAUCAAUUGUUGAGUUUAUGCACUGCGAGGCUUAUCAGCAUCGGGGAGCUAUAUGAGCUAUAAAAGAGGCACUGACUGGUCGUAUCAGUCAUCAGUCGCUCAGCAUCUGCAGCCACAGCAAUAUCUGAAAUUCUCCUAGUUUCCAAGGAAUACUCAAUACCAGAACUCAAAAUGAACUUCUACAAGGUCUUCAUCUUCGUUGCGCUCAUCCUGGCCAUCAGCUUGGGUCAAUCCGAGGCUGGUUGGUUGAAGAAGAUUGGCAAGAAAAUUGAACGCAUUGGCCAGCACACUCGGGAUGCCACCAUCCAGGGAUUGGGUAUUGCCCAACAGGCUGCGAAUGUGGCCGCCACGGCCAGGGGCUAACUAAUUGAAACAUGCGGUUUUAUUUAUUUAUUUUUAAAAAUUAAAUGUAUUUUAUGAU